GGAAAGAAUUUGAAGCUAUCACGGCCGUGGCGGGGACCAUAUACGAUUGUGAAGAAAAUUUCAGAUGUGGUGUAUCGAAUCGAGAAAAAUGCCAACAAAAGGAAUAGGUUAGUAGUCUAUUACAAUCGUCUUAAACCGUGUUUUGAACGACCGUUGAAAAGUCUACCUAAUCGACCACCAAACGAGACGAAACUGCAAUCGAAAGAAACCACCGAAACGAGAAAAGAAAACGUGGAGAAUUGUAGUGGCCAAACCCCGCAAACGGAACCCCCAACCAACGGAGGAAAUGAUGAGGAUGAGUGGACAGUGAGGUAUUUUAGAAGAAAUUUGAGACAAAGUAGACCAAGUCGGGCAAUUAACGGGGAGGAACCCGGACAAAAUUUACCUGAUGAGGUCCAAGAAGACAAGACGUACAACAUUUACCUGACGAAUUACAACAGGAUGGGCCAUUGA